UCGUUGCUCCAGUUUCUCUGUGAUUCUCUCGUUGCUCCUUCAUCAGCGAUUUGACGGGUUCAGAUAGAUAGCUGAGAGCUACAAAGAUUUCGAAUUUCUAUUGGAAACCCUAAACAUAUGUCUAAAUUGUUCAGCCCGAGCUCCUCUGGCCCCCACUGCUCCAUAGCAGGAAUUGAGUAUAAGGCCAUCAAAAGUAGAGAUAUUUGAAGUCCUUGAUCAAGAUAACUUUUGUGUUGGAUUGAGUUUAGUUCAUCCCACUGGCAAUAAUUAGUUUAUGAUCUACUUAUAUCAGCAUUCAUCAAAUUCUCGUUGAGGUAAUGACUAUGCCCCGAGUUAAACAUAUGUGUUUGCCCCUAAUGAAUGUGGUGCGCAUGAAAUCAAUGCCUAUUUUACAACUUCUUCAACUAGAAGAAAGGCUUCUGAGAACUUCUUCAGAUAACUGGUUCAUUGUUAAUGACGGAACAAUUCACCCUGCUAUAGUCAUGGGCUUAUCUGGGAAGCUUUCAGAACUUGCUGAACUUAAACAUGUGCUUCAUGAUAGCAUUCCUGUUAUUAAGAGGUUCACUGGAGGAGGAACCGUGAUUGUUGAUGAUGGGACAAUUUUUGCUGCUAUUAUUUGUAAUAAGGAUGAUGUUCCAGGGGUUCAGCCAUAUCCUCGCUCUAUUAUGUCUUGGACAAGCAAGUUGUACGGGGAAGUUUUUCGUGGGUUUGGUAAUUUCCAUCUCCGUGAAAAUGAUUAUGCAUUUGAUACUCGCAAAUUUGGUGGAAAUGCUCAAUCUAUUACAAAGAAUCAGUGGAUCCAUCACACAUCAUUUUUAUGGAAUUAUGAUGUCAAGAAUAUGGAUUAUCUAAAAUUACCCAUGCGGGCUUCAAAGUAUAGAUUGGCAAGGGACCAUGUUGAAUUCUUGUGCAAGAUGAAGGAAUAUCUGCCAUCCAGAUCAAUAUUCAUAGAGAGAACCAUCACUUCUCUCGAAAAUCAUUUCUCAGUUCGACAUGUACAAGCAGAAACAAUCUUUGAUCCAUCUGAAUCGUCGUUUUCUCCUUCAACCAGGCUGUUGCUGGAGAAGGAGCUCCAAGAGGCAUACUCAUCUCAGACUUCCAGACAGCAAUCACUCAGGUCCACAUUAUUUUCCGAGUAAACCCAUAUGAUUUUGUUUGAAUAAAAUUCGGCACAAAUGGUUGCAUCAAAUAUUUUAUUAUAUAUCAUUUAUUUCAGAUCAAAUUUUAACAAUUCAUCUUA